AUGGCGAACAAAAAUUAUCCAUAUACGUUAGAGAUUCUGAAGCCACCAGGAACUGACGAGGAGUUAGAAACUUUACCAGGACUAGUUCGUAUAGGACCGAAAGGCUACAUGUUCCCUGAAGGUUUUAAGACCAUAGCGGCAGAUGUGUACAACAUGGAAGUUAAGCCGAGCGAUGUUUUCGUCUUUAGUUUUCCUAGAUCAGGUACCACCUGGACCCAAGAGCUGGUGUGGUUGGUUGCAAAUGAUUUGGACUACGAAACUGCAAGCAGAAUACCACUCACCGACAGAUAUCCGUUUUUAGAAUUUUCAAUAUCUUUGGAUGAAGAAAUGAGAAAGAAAUUAUAUGAAGAGAACAAAGGUGAUCCGAAAAAGGUGAAACAAAUAGAAAUGGUGACGAGGUCCGCCUUAGAGUUACUGGAAGCAACGCCACCACCGCGCUUCAUAAAGACGCACCUACCACUGUCGCUGUUACCACCAAAUGUACUAGAUGCGAAAAUGGUCUACGUAGCCAGGGACCCGCGGGACGCCAUUGUUUCUUUCUACCACUUAACGAAGUCUAUGAAACUAUUGAACUAUAAAGAAGACUUCAAAACGUUCUGGAUUGGAGUCCUAAAUAAUAUCCAACCCUGGACGCCGUACUUCGACAACGUUAAAGAAUCUUGGGAGAAGAGGGACCACCCUAACCUGCUUUUCUUAUUUUAUGAGGACAUGAGAAAGGAUCUUCCAUCAAGCGUUCGCCGUGUUUGUGACUUCUUCGGCAAGAAAUACAGCGAUGAGCAGAUAUUGAAACUCUGCGACCAUUUGAGCUUUGACAACUUCAAGAAGAACUCAUCAGUUAACUACGAUCUUAUGAAGGAGUUGGGAUUUAUGUAUGCUGAUCAAGAGUUCGUUCGGAAAGGCAAAACUGGCGGUUGGCGAGACUACUUCGAUGAAGAGAUGGUAGCACAGGCAGACAAAUGGAUAGCUGAUAAUCUUAAGGACACAGACCUUCAAUUUCCAAGCAUGAUUAAUUAA